GGACGCGCUCUUUGCUGCGUCAUUAGCGUGCGACUCCAGGCUACAAAACAGGUCUGGGCCACAAAAGCAUGGCAGCUGCUGAGGCGGCCGUGGUGUCGUCGUCAUCUUUAAAAACAGACUCAGCCCCAGUCCCUGAAACUGCAGGAACCGCCGCAGCAACGGCCGCCACUUCGCCAGCGACGGCUGCAGCCGCGGCGGUUGCGGCCGCUGCCAGGACCGGAUCGGAAGCCAGGGUCUCCAAGGCCGCUUUGGCUACUAAGCUGCUGUCUCUGAGCGGCGUGUUCGCCGUGCACAAGCCCAAAGGGCCCACCUCAGCCGAGCUGCUGAAUCGGCUGAAGGAGAAGCUGCUGGCAGAAGCUGGAAUGCCUUCUUCAGAAUGGACCAAGCGGAAAAAGCAGACUUUGAAAAUUGGGCACGGAGGGACUUUAGACAGCGCAGCCCGAGGAGUUCUGGUGGUUGGAAUUGGAAGGGGAACAAAAAUCUUGACCAGUAUGUUGUCAGGGUCCAAGAGGUAUGUUGCCAUUGGAGAGCUGGGGAAAGCUACCGACACACUAGAUUCUACAGGGAAAGUAACAGAAGAAAAACCAUACGAUAAAAUAACACAAGAAGAUAUUGAAGGCAUUCUACAGAAAUUUACUGGGAAUAUAAUGCAAGUACCUCCCCUCUAUUCUGCGUUAAAGAAGGAUGGCCAGAGACUGUCGACUUUGAUGAAGAGAGGGGCAGCAGUGGAAGCAAAACCUGCCCGGCCGGUGACGGUGUACAGUCUCUCCCUGCGAAAGUUCCAGCCGCCGUUUUUCACAUUGGAUGUUGAAUGUGGAGGAGGUUUUUAUAUCAGAAGCUUGGUCAGUGACAUUGGCAAAGAACUCUCUUCCUGUGCCAAUGUAUUAGAGCUGACCCGGACCAAACAGGGGCCGUUUACGCUAGAAGAGCAUGCCCUUCCUGAAGACAAAUGGACAAUUGAUGACAUCGCACAGUCUCUUGAGCAUUGCUCAUCUCUUCUCCCAGCAGAGCUGGCACUUAAAAAAUCAAAACCUGAGGAGUCUAGCGAACAAGUUUUGAGCUGUGAAUUUAUAACUCUAAAUGAGACAAAGGGAGAAGAUGAUGUAAUUAAGACAUUUUAAGAUUGGCUGGGGAUUGUCAUCGUCUCCUGGUUGACAUUUGAAUCCUGUGUGCGGAAUGACAAGCUAUAUGCAAAAGAUGAACUAUUCCCUUUUUUUGUGCAUGAAGAAAAAUGUCCUUCAUUUACAGUUUCUAUAGUGUACGAUUUAUCUGCUACGCAUUAUAAAUAGCCUUGCAGUUAUUCAGUUCUUUCUUGUACUGUGGGAUAUUCUUUUAGGAUGUCAUUGUGUUAGAUUGGAUUCAGGAAAAUCAACUUUCUGAUUUUAAUCUCGCUUCAAAGUCUUUUCCUGUGAAAAAGUUGACCACGUUUUCUAAUCAAAGAAAAAAAAAUGAUGUACAUGUUUCUUUGAUGUCACAAAAGUGAAUGUAAAUUAGUGUUUCUUUGAUUUCAUUUUAGCUUCUUGGUGGCUUUGUUGUACUAAAUUUUUUAACUAUGUUUGAAAAGACCAUUAUUUAACUCUUACAUUUUGGAGAAUUUAUGAUUAUUAGAACAUUUCUUUGAUAAGACUGCACUUACUUGGUAAUAGUUGUAUUUGUUUAGAUCUUGGAAACUAAUAAAGUUUUAUAGUAAAUGUGGGGAAA